AUUUUACCUACAGUGACGCCAAAUAGAGACUCUACGGUGGCCCGUAGGCAUCAAAAAUAAUCGAGUCUUAAAGCCUGCGUGACUUUUCCCCUUUUAGUCUGGGUUUUGCCCCUUUCUUUUCUUUUUCGACCACUGCGAGGUGGGCAAUUCGAUGACUAAAAACUCACCGAUAAGUGGCUCGCCACUCCAGACAUGCCGCGGGCUCCCGGGAGCCAAGAGGCGGAGCCAGGUAAAACGGACCAAUUAGGCCGGAGCCUCAGCCGAGGAGCCCGGAUGGAGGAGGCUGGGUGGAGGCGUGAGAGCCGGCUAACGUGAGUCGCUCUCCGGCUUCUGUUGUGUGGCAGCUGGGACCUGGAUCUGGAAGAACACUCUCCUGCAGCUGAAACAUGGGCGGCAAAAACAAGAAACACAAGGCUCCGGGAGCUGCGGCGGUGCGGGCUGCGGUGUCGGCUUCCAGAGCCAGAAGUGCCGAGGCCGGAGCUGUUGGGGAACAGAGCAAGAAGCCCGUAGCCAGGCCGGCGCCCGCCGUACCCACCGGCACCCGGGAGCCCCGAGUCAAGCAAGGUCCAAAAAUUUAUAGUUUCAAUUCUGCAAAUGAUUCCGGUGGUUCUGCAAAUCUGGACAAAUCUAUUUUGAAAGUGGUAAUUAAUAAUAAACUAGAGCAAAGAAUUAUUGGAGUGAUAAAUGAGCAUAAAAAGCAAAAUAAUGACAAGGGAGUGAUUUCUGGAAGACUUUCUGCCAAAAAAUUACAGGACUUAUACAUGGCUUUACAGGCAUUUUCCUUUAAAACUAAGGAUAUUGAAGAUGCUAUGACCAAUACACUCUUGCAUGGAGGUGACCUUCAUUCUGCCUUGGAUUGGCUCUGCUUAAAUCUUUCAGAUGAUGCACUUCCUGAAGGAUUCAGUCAAGAAUUUGAAGAGCAACAGCCUAAAAGUAGGCCAAAAUUCCAGUCUCCACAGAUACAGGCUACUCUUUCACCUCCUUUGCAAAUGAAAACCAAAAAGCAGGAAGAAGACACAAAGAUUAAGCCAAAAAAGGAAGAAAAAAAUAUGGAGGUAAACAUGAAAGAGUGGAUUUUGAAAUAUGCUGAACAACAAAAUGAAGAGGAAAAGAGUGAGAGUUCUAAAAGCUUAGACGACGAAGAGAAGUUUGAUCCUAAUCAAAGGUACUUGAACCUUUCAGCCAAACUUCUGGACGCAAAGGAGCAGGCAGCUGCCUUUAAGAUAGAAAAAAACAAACAAGGCCAAAAAGAGGCUCAAGAGAAAAUAAGAAAGUUUCAAAGAGAAAUGGAAACUUUAGAAGACCAUCCAGUAUUCAACCCAGCCAUAAAGAUUUCACAUCAACAAAAUGAAAGGAAAAGGCCUCCUCCAACCACAGAAGGGGAAGGUGCUUUAAACUUGAAUUUAUUUGAAAAACCUGCAGCCAUCACUGAAGAAGAGAAAGGUAAAAAGAAAGAACCUCAUGAUGUAAGAAAUUUUGACUACACUGCUCGAAGCUGGACUGGAAAAUCUCCCAAACAGUUUCUGAUCGAUUGGGUCAGGAAGAAUCUUCCCAAGAGUCCAAAUCCUUCCUUUGAGAAAGUUCCAGUAGGUAGAUACUGGAAAUGUAGGGUAAGGGUUGUCAAGUCUGAAGAUGAUGUUCUGGUCGUAUGCCCUACAAUCUUAACAGAGGAUGGCAUGCAAGCUCAGCACCUGGGAGCUACAUUAGCCCUUUACCGUCUAGUGAAAGGGCAGUCUGUUCAUCAGUUACUUCCUCCUACUUACCGAGAUGUUUGGCUGGAAUGGAGUGAUGAAGAAAAGAAAAAGGAAGAAUUAAAUAAAAUGGAAACCAAUAAACCACGUGAUCUUUUUAUUGCCAAACUUUUGAGUAAGUUGAAGCAGCAGCAGCAACAGCAACAACAACAACAGCGUUCUGAACAUAAAAAAGAGACCUCUGAAGACCCUGAGGAAUCUUGGGAAAACUUAGUUUCUGAUGAGGAUCUUUCUGCACUGUCCUUGGAGUCAACAAAUGCAGAAGACUUGGAGCCUAUUAAGAACCUCUUCAGAAAGCUGCAGAGCACACCCAAGUACCAGAGACUGCUGAAGGAAAGACAGCAGCUGCCUGUGUUCAAACACCGGGAUUUAAUUGUGGAAACCCUAAAAAGGCACCGGGUUGUGGUCGUGGCAGGUGAAACAGGAAGUGGCAAAAGCACUCAGGUCCCACAUUUCCUGUUGGAAGAUUUGCUUCUAAAUGAGUGUGGAGCAAGGAAAUGUAACAUAGUCUGUACCCAGCCCCGAAGAAUCUCAGCUGUGAGUUUGGCCACCAGGGUGUGUGAUGAAUUGGGCUGUGAGAAUGGACCUGGAGGACGGAACUCUUUGUGUGGCUAUCAGAUCCGGAUGGAAUCUCGAGCUAGCGAAUCUACCAGGCUGCUGUACUGUACAACAGGAGUUUUGCUAAGGAAACUUCAGGAAGAUAGUCUUCUGACUGAUGUGUCUCAUGUCAUUGUAGAUGAGGUCCAUGAAAGAAGUGUUCAGUCAGAUUUCCUGCUUGUUAUCCUGAAGGAAAUUUUACAGAAACGUUCUGACCUACACUUGAUUCUGAUGAGCGCCACUGUGGACAGUGACAAGUUCUCCACAUACUUCACACACUGUCCUAUUCUCAGAAUUUCAGGAAGAAGUUACCCCGUUGAGGUUUUUCAUCUUGAAGAUAUAAUAGAAGAAACGGGCUUUGUACUGGAGAAAGACUCAGAAUAUUGUCAGAAAUUUCUGGAGGAGGAAGAAGAAAUUACCAUUAAUGUUACAAGUAAAGCUGGGGGAAUAAAGAAGUAUCAGGAAUACAUCCCAGUUCAGACUGGAGCAAGUACUGAAUUAAAUCCAUUUUACCUAAAGUACAGUAGCCGAACUCAGCAUGCUCUUCUCUACAUGAACCCUCAUAAAAUCAACCUGGAUCUGAUUUUGGAACUUCUUGUAUAUUUAGACAAAAGUCCCCAAUUCAGAAAUAUUGAAGGAGCAGCAUUGAUCUUUUUACCCGGCCUUGCUCAUAUUCAGCAGUUGUAUGAUCUCCUAUCAAAUGACAGAAGAUUUUAUUCUGAGCGAUAUGAAGUUAUAGCUCUGCAUUCUGUUCUUUCAACUCAAGAUCAAGCAGCAGCAUUCAGACUUCCCCCUCCAGGAGUCAGGAAGAUUGUUUUAGCAACAAAUAUUGCAGAGACGGGAAUCACUAUUCCUGAUGUUGUGUUUGUCAUUGAUACUGGAAGAACAAAAGAAAAUAAGUACCAUGAAAGCAGUCAGAUGAGUUCCUUGGUGGAGACCUUUGUCAGUAAAGCUAGUGCCCUGCAACGACAGGGGAGAGCUGGGCGGAUCCGAGACGGCUUCUGUUUUCGGCUGUACACGAGAGAAAGAUUUGAAGGUUUUCUGGACUAUUCUGUACCUGAAAUCUUACGUGUGCCUCUGGAGGAACUAUGUCUUCACAUUAUGAAAUGUGAUCUUGGCUCUCCUGAAGACUUUCUUUCCAAAGCCUUAGAUCCUCCUCAGCUUCAAGUAAUCAGCAAUGCAAUGAACUUACUCAGGAAAAUUGGAGCCUGUGAACUAAAUGAGCCCAAACUGACUCCACUGGGCCAGCACCUUGCUGCUUUGCCUGUCAAUGUCAAAAUUGGCAAGAUGCUCAUUUUUGGAGCCAUAUUUGGCUGUCUCGACCCAGUGGCAACACUAGCGGCAGUUAUGACGGAGAAGUCUCCUUUUAUCACACCAAUUGGUCGGAAAGAUGAAGCAGACCUUGCAAAGUCAUCUUUGGCUGUGGCGGAUUCAGACCACCUCACAAUCUACAAUGCAUAUCUAGGGUGGAAGAAAGCAAAGCAAGAAGGAGGCUACCGUUCUGAAAUCACAUAUUGCCAGAGAAACUUUCUCAAUAGAACAUCGCUGUUGACACUAGAGGAUGUGAAGCAGGAACUAAUGAAGUUGGUUAAGGCAGCAGGAUUUUCAUCUUCUACAACAUCUACUAGCUGGGAAGGAAAGAAAGCCUCACAGACGCUCUCUUUUCAAGAUAUUGCCCUUCUUAAAGCUGUACUGGCCGCUGGCCUGUAUGACAGUGUGGGGAAGAUAAUGUACACAAAGUCGGUGGAUGUUACAGAAAAACUGGCUUGCAUGGUGGAGACAGCCCAAGGCAAAGCACAAGUCCACCCGUCCUCAGUAAACAGAGACUUACAAACUUACGGGUGGCUCUUAUACCAGGAGAAGGUGAGAUAUGCCAGAGUCUAUCUGAGGGAAACUACCCUCAUAACCCCUUUUCCAGUCUUGCUUUUUGGAGGCGACAUAGAAGUUCAACACCGAGAACGGCUUCUGUCUGUGGAUGGCUGGAUCUAUUUUCAGGCCCCAGUAAAAAUAGCUGUUAUUUUUAAGCAGCUAAGAGUUCUCAUUGAUUCUGUUUUAAGAAAAAAACUUGAAAAUCCAAAGAUGUCCCUUGAAAAUGACAAGAUUCUACAAAUCAUUACGGAAUUGAUAAAGACAGAGAAUAAUUGAUGCUGAAAUCCAUGGUAAACUGCUUUUAAAGUUAAGAUGAAGACACAGUCCUGAAAUUAUGUGAGGAUCAACCAUCCCAUUAAGUAUUUCAUUACCUAAAACGUUGGUACUAGCCAUUAACCUGAAGAUGGUGGGGGGGAGGGGAAGCACAUACUUUCAACAUGGACUUUUCUAGUUCCUUUAUAAUGAUGAUGAUGCUUGGUGUAUUUGCCAUGACAUUUACAAUAAAUUCUUUGGUAUCAUUCA